AUGGUGCCCGGGGGUAUGGGCGGCCCGCCGCCCUUCGGCGCCUUCCCGGCGCCGCCCUUCGGCGCGCCCCCCUACGGCGCGCCGCCCCAAGGGAUGCCGUGGGCGCCGCCGGCGCCGGCGCCGCAGGUGCUCGCGGCGCUGCCGCCGGGCGCGGCGCCGCCGGCGAUCGCGCCGGCCUUCCCGCCCGAGGGCCGGCCGGCCCCGGUAGUGCCGCCAGUUCCACCGCCGGCGCAACCGCCGGCCGUCGAGGCGCCGGAGCCGGAGCCCGCGCCACCGGAGCCCGAGCCGGAGCCCGAGCCCGUCGACCCCGAGGUGUUGAGGCGAGACCGCGAGCGGAAAAAGCGCCUGCAAGCGCCCAUCACGCGCGCUCUUUUGAGUGAUAACGCGCUCUUCGCCGAGGUGUCGCGGGCGCGCGGCGCCGCGGAGGUGGAGGAAGACGAGCUCCUGGCCGCGGACGACGACGGGGCCGCCGCUGAUGUUGGUGAAGCGGCCGACGACGGCGACGACGACAUGUACGGCGAUUUGGGGGGAGGCGACGACGACAUGUACGGCGACCUGGGCGGCGACGACGACGUUGCCGGGGACGCGCCGGCGGAGGAGGCAAUUGAUCAAAACGCCGCGGAGCUGCCCGUCGUCCAGGCCCUCGGCCAGCUCGAGGCGCACUCGUCGAGACCGCCGCGGCGCGCGGAGCUGGCCGGGCGCGCCGCGCACCGCGCGUACCUGCUCGAGGCCCUGACGUCGGGCGCGUAACUUGUCUCGUAUCCAGCC